AAUUCACAGUCCAUAACACCGGCACUGUUCGCAGUCUUCUUAAGGACUUCAGCAUCUAUAAGUGCAGUGUGAGCAAGUGAUCCUUCACUCAACUUGCAUAAUUUGAAGAUGGACACCAGUAGAACUUGUGAAAGCAGCGAGGUGAGAAUUGAUCACUCUCUGAGUGAAGUGGAAAGGCAGCAUUUGGCCAGAAGGACAAAGACUGUUCUAGACUGCCUGGAUCAACAUGAUAUAUCCUGCAGUGAGCAUGACAUGCCCAAUAUCGCAGUGCUGGGCUCUGGAGGUGGUUUGAGAGCGAUGGUUGGACUGCUGGGUUCACUGAGUCAGCUGAAAGAAGAGGGACUGCUGGACUGCAUCAUGUACCUGAGUGGAGUUUCAGGAUCUACCUGGUGCAUGGCAUCAUUAUACAAUGAACCAAACUGGUCCACCAAACUGAAGACUGUGGAAGAGAACAUUGUCCAAAGGCUUGCUGAAGGCAGAGUCAGUUGGUCACAGAUGGGUCAAAAACUGGCAAAUUACUAUGCAAAAAAAGAAAAUUUCAGCCUGACAGAUGUGUGGGCAGCACUGAUUGUGUCUAAUAUGGUGAAUGAGAUUGAUGAACACAAACUCACAGAGCAGAGGGCCAAUUACACCAAUGACCCGUAUCCCAUUUACACUGUGAUUGACAAGCAGUGUAAAUAUGACAGACUGAAUGCAGAUGUCUGGUUUGAGAUCACUCCUGAUGAGUCAGGUUAUUCUCUCCCUGGAGCCUUUGUGGAUUCCUCCUGUUUGGAAUGUCAGUUUGAGAAUGGAAAGAAGGUUAAAGAACAGCCUGAGAUUGAUAUGCUGUACCUACAAGGCCUGUGUGGCAGUGCCAUUGCGGAUAUGGAAGACAUCAUUGAGUACCUGUUUGAGGCACUAAAACACUUGAUGAUAAACAAAAUAGGAAGCACAGAAGAGAGUCAAACAUCACUAGAUGUGCAGAACGGUUACCAGGUCCUCUUACAACUUGUGGAACUGAACCUUUGUGUGUUAAGAAAGGAGGAUCCUACAGAUUACCUCCAAAAAAUGAAGGGCCUACUGAAAGAUAAGCAUGAUGAAAUAGAAAGGAUGACUGUUCGUCUAGAGAACAAGGUCACAUCGGAAAAGACGAUUUCCAAGGAAGAGUUAAAUGAAUACACCCUGCAAGUAUGCAGUUAUAUCACUGACUUGUUUACGAAGCAGGAUUUUUGGGAUGAAAUUUGGAUUGCCAUUGUGAGAGCCAUAGAAAGGAUUGUGCACUGGAUCUGGGGAACGACUUAUGACUACCUCUAUGGAAUGACAGUGAAAGACAUAGAUCCCAGCAUCCUUCACUCAAAGACAAGGGAAUACGAAGAUACAGCAGCGUUACUCAACUCACCCUAUUUCUCAGUGCUGAGACAAGAACGAAAAAUCGACCUCAUCAUUUCCCUUGACUUCGGUGUAGGAGAUCCCUUUGAGAGUGUGGUUAAAACUGCUCAAAUAUGCGAAGAACUUCAGAUUCCUUUCCCUGAAGUUGUACCAGGUGAAGAUGUGGAACCACUGGACUUCUAUGUGUUUAGAGGACACAGCAAAGCUCCAACUGUGAUCCACAUCCCUCUUUUCAAUGCUGUUAACUGCAAAGGAGAAGUUGAGAAAUGGCAGAAAAAAUAUCCAACCUUUCAAAUGAGCUACUCUGACAAAAUGAUCGCAGAUCUUCUGGAGAAAGCAGCUGAAAACAUCAAAAACAACAAGGAGAACUUGCUCAAGGAGAUUGAGAACAUCAUUUCAGAGAAGAAGAAAACUUGUGGAAAUAUAUGAAGAUUGAAGUAAAACACAUCCAUACAAAUAAUUCCAAACAACAAUCCAAAUAUCCAUCAUUUUGGAUUUGGGUAGGUAGUUCAUUCAAUCAUGCUUUAUUUUGAUAAUCCGCUAUAGAUGAUUUACAGUUACUGAAUUAUUAACCAACUUUUUGGUAACUGUUCUUUUUUCUGAAAUAAUCUGAAGCGAUUAUG